CAACGCUGCCUGUUCUGCAAGCGGAUGUCUCUCCCUCCAAAGUGGGUAAAGCUGUACCCCAGGCGCUUGUAGAGCCCACCGUUCCCUUGAGAGAAGGAAAUGCUGGCUUCGAACUCCUCCGAAAGGCUCCAUCGCCGCCCGUCGCGGAGGUGGGCAGGUCUCCCUCAGUCGAGCAAGGGGCGCAAAUUCGGCUCCCUGCUGCCGCCUUUGUUGCACCGGCGCACGCCCUCCUCAUUCCAGAGCAGUUCCGGCCUUAGAGCCCUCGUGCGGCUCCUCCUUAAGAACUGAGCAGGAUCCACCCGACUUGUAUCAGCGCCCCCCGCCCCCCCGUAUCUCCUCCGCCCUGCUGCAGGCACCUGCUCCUCACGUCCUCCCUGAGGCAGGCGGGAGUCGCCUCCAGUCCGGAUCUCGCGCUACAGCCGAACUGCUAGACCGGGUCUUCCUGGGCAUGGGCUAGAGCCAGCUUUGGCAGCGGCGGCGGCGGCAGCGUCCCCCCAAAUGGCCUGGCCAGAUGCGGCAGGUCUGUCCGCGACUGGAGGAGGACGAGGGCUGGGAGGCUCAGCGCAGCAACAGCAGCAGCUAGAAGUGCCGCGGCGGCAGCAGCAGCAGCAGCAGCAACAGAGGCGGCCGGCCUGCUGCUACGUCCCCCGAGCUGAGCCGGUGGCUGCAGGAGGAGGAAGAGGAGGAGGAAGACCAAGUCCGGGAGGCUCUCGGGGCUCCGGCUGACUCGGCAUGAGGCGCGCUCCGACGGCGCCCGGCUUCUCUAUGCUGCUCUUCGGCGUGUCGCUCGCCUGCUACUCGCCCAGCCUGCGCUCGGUGCAGGAUCAAGCGUACUCAGCGGCGGUGGUGCUGGAGGGCAAGGUCCAGGCUCUGCCUGCCGCCCCUCCGACGGCGGCUGCGGCGGCGACAGGCAACGGGAGCCCGGAUUCCGAGGCGCCUACUUCGGGCAUCCUGGUGAAGGUGCUGGACUUGUGGCCCCUCAACAGCGGCGGCCUCCAGCGGGAGCAGCUGAUCCGCGUGGGCUCCACGCCGGCGCCCUGCUUCAAAGUCAAGCGCAACCACCGCUACAUUUUCUUUCUGGAGCCCACCGAGCAGCCGCUGGUCUUCAAGACCUCCUUCGCCCCUCUGGACACCAGCGGCAAGAACCUCAAGAAAGACGUGGGCAGGAUCCUGUGUGCCGACUGCGCUGUCCCUCCACAACUGAAGAAACUGAGGAGCCUAAAUGUGGAAGUGGGAGCAAAAAUUUCCUUAAAAUGUGAAGCAAGUGCUGGGAAUCCACAGCCAUCCUAUAAAUGGUUCAAAGAUGGCAAAGAAUUGAAAAAGAGCAAAGAUAUUCGAAUAAAAUAUGGCAAUGGAAAAAAAAAUUCCAGACUGCAGUUUAACAAGGUGAGACUAGAAGAUGCUGGAGAAUAUAGCUGUGAAGCAGAGAAUGUUCUUGGCAAGGACAGUGUCAGAGGCAGCCUCAGUGUGAGAAGUGUAACCACAACUCUUUCCUCUGGGCCUGGACAUACUAGACAAUGCAAUGAAACAGUCAAGUCCUAUUGUGUCAACGGUGGAGUGUGCUACUACAUUGAAGGGAUAAACCAACUGUCCUGCAGGUGUCCGAACGAAUUCACAGGGGACCAGUGUCAGAACUUCGCAAUGGCCAGCUUCUCCAAGCAUCUUGGAUUAGAAUUAAAGGAAGCUGAGGAGCUAUAUCAGAAGAGAGUUCUAACCAUUACAGGGAUUUGUGUUGCAUUACUUGUUGUGGGAAUAGUAUGUGUGGUAGCUUACUGUAAAACCAAGAAACAGAGAAAUCAAAUGCAUAGUCAUUUGCGGCAAAACAUGUGCCCAGCCCAUCAGAACCGAAACCUUGCAAAUGGCCCCAGCCACCCCCGGCUGGACCCUGAGGAAAUUCAGAUGGCUGACUAUAUAUCUAAAAAUGUUCCUGCUACUGAGCAUGUCAUACGAAGGGAAACGGAGACCACCUUUUCAGGGAGCCAUUCCUGCUCACCAUCACAUCCCUGUUACUCAGGGACUCCAACUUCAAGCCAAAGACAUGACAGCCACACUUGGAGCUUGGAACAGACAGAAAGCCUGACUUCAGACUGUCAGUCUGGGAUGAUGUUAUCUUCAGUGGGAACCAGCAAAUGCAACAGCCCUGCCUGUGUGGAAGCUCGUGCUCGGCGGGAAGCUGCAUAUUCCAUUGAGGACCAGAGAAGGCCUAUGACACAAUACAGAGAUUCUGUGGAUUCCCUUCGGGACUCACCACAUAGUGAAAGGUACGUGUCUGCCUUGACAACCCCAGCACGCCUGUCACCUGUUGACUUCCAUUGCUCUGCAUCAGCCCACAUGCCCACCUUUGAGAUCACCUCCCCUAACUCAGCUCAUGCAGUCUCACUGCCCCCUGCAGCAUCCAUUAGCUUCCAGGUGGAGGAGCAGCAACCAUUACUCAGAAGGUACCAGGUCCCUUUCCAAGAUAUACAGAGGUAUGACAGUUACUACCAAAGAAGGAGCUACCUGAAUGAGAGCACAGGGAGCUUGCCCUCCAGUCCCUUCCGCAUUACAGAGGAUGACGAAUAUGAGACAACGCACGAGUACAUCACUGCACUAGAACAGCCAAAGAGAAUAGGCAGCAACAACAGGCGGUGGAGAAAGUCUAAACUGAAUGGACAUCUGUCGCACAGGGGCAAAAUGCUCAGAGACUCCUUUUCAGUGAGCAGUGCCUCCUACAGCGAAUCUGAUGAGGAGCUGGUGGCUGAGAGCACCCCCUUCUUAAGUAUUCGGAACACUGAGGGCACAGACUCGCCCCCUCUGUAUCAUCCAGCUGAGAGCAGGACUUACUAUUCCUUCAACAGAUGCAGUGGGCAGGGAGACAGUCGACUCACACACACCAGAUUCAGCCAAGAAUCAGCACCACCUUAGAUGCCACACAGACUCUUCCUCAAUGCCCACUCCCAUGAACACACCAGUACUGAGGAGAGAAAAAAUGACAGAAAAGACAAAUUUUUAUUUUAUAUAAAAAAAGGAAAAAUAUAACAAAUGUUUUAUUUUCAUUUUAGCAAUGAUGUCUUAUAAUAGCUAAUGGCAAAGACCUUUUUAUAAGGAAUCUAUUUAUAUGUAACAUCUUGAUUUACAGCUUCUGAGAAAAGAAACCAACAAAAAAUUAAAAAAAGAGAGAUGGGCCAAUUUUUGUCUACUUACAAAUCAUUACAAAAAUAUCGUGGUGCCUUUUGCUGUAUGCUAAUGCCAGAGUCCACCCUGAAGAUUAUGUUUAAGCAUUCUUGAGAUCAUAGGCUUUAUGUUCAGGACAACUUGUUAUGGAAUAUUUUAAUGGGCACUUUUCCAUUUGAACAACACCCUUUUAAAUUGCAAAUUGCUUGAUAUCUGGAUGUUGGUAAUCUAGUGCUUUAAAGUAGCUCUCUCUCUCUCUCUCUCUCUCUCUCUCUCUCUCUCUCUCUCACACACACACAUAAGGCAUGUGUCUAGAAAUUUCCAUAAGUGUCACAUACUAGCAAGCAAAAAUUAGAAUUCUAUUGUAAGAUACUUAGGAAGUGAAAAAGCACAGAGUAGCAACAGCCCUUACAAUAUAUCUCUUUUCCUGAACAGAUCUGUGUGCAAGGGCAAAUCAGAUAAUUUUGUCACACUCUGUGGAAGUCAAUAAAUAAAACAACCAAAUGAAUAUGGUUAAAUACUUCUACUUCAGGCAAUGUUACUUAAAAUCUGCUUCAGCACUGCGAUUAGAGACAAGCAUUAGCCACUCAUGAGUGACCAAGCAAUCGCUGUGCAAUUUGCAAAGCAUAGAAUGCACAAUCCAAAUGCUGAUGCUUGAUCAUAAAACAAAAAAGUGAGCCCCACAGUGGAGAGUUCAGGACAUGCAAGGCAAGGUGCUGUUGAUGAGGUGUAGACACUGCACAUCUUUUGGAAACUCCAGGUGAGGUAAGAGUCUUUUGAAGUGCAUCAUCCUGACCAUCAGCCUUCCUUUCCUCCUAUUUAACAUGGAUAUAGUGCCACAAAGAGGCAUGCUAGCUCCUGCUUCAACUUUCCUCCCAUGGAAAGCAACAUCAAAAGAAAUGCUUUGGAAUGGCAUGUAUCAGUAUACUGCAUUGUGUCAAGACAGUUGUUAUUGUAACGUUCUAGCAUUUCAUAAUGACUUUCUGUUAAAAAGCCACAGGACAUCCCACACCACUAGACACCCUUCUGUGUAUAGAUGGUAAGAAAAUUCCCAUGAAAAAGAGAGAGCCCCUCUUCCCUUUCAGUCCUUCUCUUCCCCCUCACUCUGUUUACAUCAUAGCCUGCCUCUUUCUUUUUCUAUUUUGACUUCUGCAUGUCCUUUGCAUUUCAGAUACUGUAGAUUGGAUGCAUGGAGAAGCUGUGACUGAGAAGAUAAAGUACAAUUGCCAGUGUAUUUCAGUUAACUUUUAGCAAUAAAGUACUUUAAACCCUUUGUUCCUCACCCACAACAGGGUCCAAUAGAAACGCUGCUAAUUUGUCAUAAAGAUGAUUGUAAAAAUUUGCUCUGGAUUGUCUGAAUGUCAGAACUCUUGACUGUUUAACACUUGAACUUUUUUAAUAUUAUAAAUAAAAGUAAGAAAUGAC